AUGACCAAAUUAGAGUCGAUGUUGCGUGCAUUUAAAAGUCGAAAUUUUGCGGGUAAGAACGGGAUUUACAAUGUCAGGUGUCAUCAGCUGCACGGUCCCACAUUUCUCUGGUUUUUGGGUGUAUGUAGGUUUGGGGUGGGUGUGCGGAGGUUUACCCAUUAA